AUCACCACUUAGUCUACUCUGUGCCAAGUAUGAGUCAGUAGCCACGCCAGGCCUCAGCUGGGCCACAUCUGGAGAAUUGGGGUGAGGGUACAACAUCGAAUAAUACCGGAUUUAGCCCAUUCAUCCUUUUUGGGGACAUCAAGAAAAACUAACCUAUGAUCUCAGAACAAAACACCUGCAACAAAGGCCAGCAGGACCAUUUGCCUGCCCUCACCUCUCUGCCCCUGCUUCUGCCUGCUCUCCAUCUGCCUGCCCACUAAGGUCUAUGCCACAUAUUAUCUCUCGAACACCUAGGAUGCCCCAGAGCAGAUGUCCUGCAGGUGUGUCUGAAGAUGGGAAUAUCUCUCCAAGUGUUAUUCGAGUGAUUGUAAAGACAUCAGGCAACCAGAACAAUUUUACAGUAGCUGGUGAUACCUCAGUGGAGCAAUUCAAGGAGAAACUGUCUGCUCACUUCAAAUGCCAAAUGGACCAAUUGGUACUGGUUUUCAUGGGCCGCCUUCUCAAAGAUCAUGACAUACUGAGUCAAAGGGGCAUCACAGAUGGCCAUACCAUCCACGUGGUCAUCAAGUCCAAGCACGGCUCCAGAUCCCUGGCUCAUUCUUUCCGGAACUUGUUAACCAAACAUCCCAGCCAUCAAGAUAGAAGCAUCAAAGGAAACAGCAGUAGGAUUUGUCAAUCUGCAGGCAUGUGUCAAACCAAAGUGGAAUCAUCCCUCCUCACGGAGUCUGAUGCACCCAAGGUGGGUACUCAAAACCCAGAAGUGGAUAGUCCAGAGCAUGUUGCACAGAUAUUGGAGAAUCUUUGUGUUCAGAGAAUGUUGUCCAAUAUGGAUUUCAUGCGCCAGCUGAUAUCAGAACACCCAGAUAUACAAGAACUGAUACAGCAGAACACAGAAGUCUCCCAUCUUCUUGACAAUUCUGAUAUCCUAUGCCAGACUCUGGAGCUGGUCAGGCACCUUGCCAUUAUCCAAGAGAUAAUGCAGAUAAAUCAGCCAGCACAGAACCUUGAGCAUCCACCAAACCCACAGCCAUACCUGGGCUUAGAGACAAUUCCAAAUGGGAACAAUGCCCUGGGACAGAGCUAUGAUUUCAAUGACCAAACGCUCAAUGGCAUGCAAGAUCUUCUAGGGGGCAACUCUUUUACAGCCCUUCUGACUGGACAAGUACUAGAACAAGUCCAGACUCCUUCCCUAUCUGUACCACCAUCUGGAGAACAAUGGAACCAACCCCCUAAUGCCCAAGUCAUUUAUGCUAAUUCUUGUGGAUUAUCAUCAAUCACCCCAACAAAUUCUACUCUAAACAAUGCUAACCACGCUUCCAGGGAAAAUCCAGUCACAGUAACCACCAAGGGCGAAAGCCGUGUGGGUGCUGUUCAGCAGCCAGCUGGGGUUCCAGCCUUACCCAGCACAGCAGUCACCCAGGAGCUUCAGGAAGAUGGUAAGGAUACUACCCUCCCUCUAGGUAGCUCUGACCAGUGGUUAGAGGAAGAUCUCCAGCAGUCAGAUGAGCAGACCAGCUCUCAGAUCACAGGAGGAAUGAUCCAGUUGCUGAGGAACUACCCACACAUGGCAGCCCAGAUGCUGCUGCUCAUGAAUAUGCCCCAACAGAAUGAACAGUGGAGGCAGCAAUCGCCCACAUCCUUGCAGUCAUCACAACUUUCUGACUUGCUUUUAGCCCUAGCCAACCCUAAAACAUCACAAGCAAUAUUACAAAUUGAGCACGGUCUGCAGCUAUUGGCUACAGAGGCUCCUAUUCUUUUGCCAUGCAUUGAACCUUACUUAUGGGGUCUAGGAUGGCUUCCUCCUUCCAGCUGUAACUACCCUGAUGCAGUGCCCUGGACCCUGAAUGUGCCUGACAUGGCUGAACCUCAGUGGCCUGAAUGCUGCCCGAAAUCUGGAACUGUCCUGCAGAGCGUACAGCCCCCAUCUGGAGAUCCUUCUCAUUCCCUACAAGCCCCCGAAGUUCAUUUCAGCAAACAGAUGGAACAUCUCCAGGCCAUGGGAUUUGUGAAUUAUAAUGCCAAUCUGCAAGCUCUCAUUGCUACUGAUGGUGACACGAAUGCUGCUAUUCACAAGCUCAAGAAAUCUCAGGGAUCCUAGCCAUCAUGUCUCCCCAUCUGCUUUCUACCUCCAUGUUCACCCAUUUGACUACCUCACCUGCCUUUCCUACCUUUCCUGAUGCUUCCAACUGGGAGAAGUCUUGGAACAGGAAAAACCAAUCAACGCUUGCUCAACUGAAUACUAGAUCACUGGUCAUGGCUGGAAGACCUGUCAAUAAAAUGGCUACACCUACUUGCCUUCA